UAUCAUCCUUUCUCUCUAACUUGUCUUGUUUAGUUAAGCCUAUGUCUAAUAUGUUGGCAUAAUAAUAUGCCGUCACGAUUCUGAGGGCAUGAUCAUUGAUUGGGCUAUUCCAUUUUCAAAUGCAAUUACUGAGCAUGCAAAUGUUACUUAAUUGCAGCUAAGCAUUGCCAUGUUCAGUGACCACUGAGUGAUCCAUUUGUUUCAAGAAGCCUAGACACGGACGUCUUCUACCAGCAGGUGGUUAAAGUUUGAACAAGGAGUGAUGCUCUCCUGAGUCCUGGCUUGUGCUUCUCCUGUAAUUACACGGGCAUUUAUCAUUUCAGCAGCAAUUGGGACUUUCUUUACCUUGUAUUUGAACUUGAAAGAGAAGGAAUGAAUGAGCGUACUGUUACAGAACUGUCUUGGUUUAGGCUAUGUAAUGUAUGUCAUCCAACAACUGAUGUAUACUAUUGCAGGUGUGACAAUUGGAGGCGUUCAUGAAAGUCGAUAACUGUGAAGGUGUUGUUAUUGUUAACGAUAUUAUGAGUCAUAGGAUUGAAUGAUUUCGAUAGAUUUUCAUUUAACCUGUGAAAACAUGACACUGCUGGCUUUGUGCAACUCUGAAGGAUUCCACUGCCAAGUCUGGGUUUAUGUUUACAUUAUGGUGCAAUAUCUCUGGAGAGUUGACAGCCGUACCCCGAGGUCAUUAUCAUUAUAUCGACAUGACAGCACUUCUCCGCGGUCAUAUAAACAUAAUAAUUGCUUCCGUUUCCUCCCACCCUGCAGUGCUUGUCGACUCCUCCUCCUCUCUGCUGCUCUCGCUGCUAUUGGCCCAGCUUCCUUUAUUUACGUCUGCCGUCCCCGCCCCCUACCGGCGGCCGAACGUCGUGCACGAACUGGAUAGAUUGGCCAAUCAAACGAAGAAUCUGAGGCAGAUCACAGCAGAUUUAUUGAAGGAACAUGCGUUCGAGACAGACCCAGAACAGCAUAGAUUUAAGUCCCUGCCACUAAUGAACAACAGGGCCAGUGACAUCAACUCCCUUGAGAUGAGACCCACUCUCUCUCAGCUCCACGCGGACUUGAAGUCGUUUGAGCACCAUUUUGCCUGGUUGAGCAGAGCAUCAAGGAAACACCACCACCCUGCUCUCCCUAAACUGGGACAGAUGAUGUCACUCAUCAAGUCUCUCACCAGCAUGCUAGAGCAUCAGAUGAUGAGAGUUGAUGCUCAGCGUGUCUCUCCUCCCUCUCCCUCGAUGCCGCCGCCACCCCCCUCUCAGUUUGAUGUGUUACAGUCUUCCCAGGAGCUGCUGCUACAGUUCAGACUCUUCUGUGACUGGGCCCAACGAGUGUUCUCAGUGCUCAGUACAAAGUCCAAAAUGUCUGCAGUACAAUGAUGAUUCCUGAAGUGCUAUAGUCUAUAGGGAUACACAGAAUCCACACUGCAACCAAAUGGGGAUCUACUAGCUUCAACCGGCACUACAAACAAUGGUGAUUCAAGAUAACCACACUACAACCUUGCACUGUUGUCACUGAACCUCCAUUCUCAUUGUAGCCAAUGAGGGAGCUCCAUAUUCAAACUACAGCCUAUGAGGAUCCACCAUAUUCACACUAUUACAACCAGUAAUGGUCUCCAAUAUUCAUGAACCCGUCACUGCCACCCCAUCCUCUCUCUUAAAUACCUUGUUCCUGACUGUGUUAUUUAUGUAUUUAUUUAUUUAUUAAGUUAUUUAUUUGAUGUCAUUAUUUAUUUGAUUUUGUAACGUAUCAUUUUUACUUACUUUAUUGUUGUGAAUUUAAUUUCUUGUAGCUUGUCAAUACUCCCAUUUAGUUCUCUCUCUCCCCCUUCAUCCCACCUCCCAAACUAAACAAGGGGACCACACAGUAGCACGUCCCGACUUCUUACAGUCUCUAAUGAUAUGGAUUGUAUUUUCAACUAUUUAACCCGUCUCUCUUUACAAAGAGUAGCCUAUUUCCGCCAGUAGAUGUAGCAAACAUACUUGGCUUGUAGCAAGCAUAUCUUGGGAGAGCGUACAUGUAUUUUUCUUACAGUGCUGUACUUUACCUUGUAGAUUUAGGGUUACUCAUAGAAUCUUCUGAACAUGUUAAAUGUGCCACCUGUUUGGUUUUGUAAACUGUUAAGAAAGAGAUUGUUAUGAACCAUGCCUCAAUCAGGACAGCAACCGUUUUUCCAUGGGUUUAGUUGCCAUUUACAGUCACUGUGUCCCAUAUUGAAAAAUAACAGGUGGUGUAUCUAACGCUGCGGUUAAGGUUUAUGAGUAUGCCCUGUUGCUAAGCACUGAUCUAGGACCUGAUCUAAUCUCUUUGCACAAAUUUGUUAGGAUUAGCCUUUUGAGUCAUCUGAUCCUGAAUCUGUGCCUUGGUACACAUAAUGUUUGUGUUUUAGUGACAUAAAUAAGAAAUAAAAAAACACCCCAAGCCUUAAAAUACUAUGUAUUGUGAUAUUGUGAUACUACAGUUCUGCACAGUUGUACAUACUUGUACAAUAAUGUAAAUUGUUGUAUACAAUAAAAUUGUCUAUUAUAGUUUUCUAUGAUAUAAAUGUAGAAUACUCUGUCAAUGCUAUCCCUAUCGUUUUGUCGCAAUAUCAAUAUUAUUCUAUUCUAGUAUUUUAUGACAGUAUUUACUAUUUAUUUAAGUUACUUUGGUGGAACUAUUUAUUUGCGCUGCAGAGGAGCAAGUCUCCUGUUGUUUUUGUACUUUUAUACUGUUUCUAUUCAUAUUUACCAUUGCUAUCAUCCAUGUUGAAAUCAUUGUAGUACCAUGUGUGAACGCUGUGGAAAACCUUGUGCUUGGGGUCUCCAGCACACAGACUGACUGAUUGGCCUAAAUGUGAAAUGUGUGCCUUGAAAAAAAAAAAAUAAUAA